AGCAAAUAAAUAAAUAAAUAAAACAGGGUGUUCAGCGGGGGAGUGGGACCACGGAGAUGCUGUCAAAGACUUCAGUCUGAUUUAUUUCGCAGGUUCGAGUCCGACGCACGAGCUGUCUCUCCGCGCGCAGGGCAGGAGCCUCCGCUGCACGCGGGCUUUGUGACACCCCAGCUCAUAAUAAGGGAGCAUCGCCUCAUCCUUGGGGCGGAUCAGUUUGGACACAUUCCCAGGGUGGUCUCUGUUGCUACAUGGAGAAGUAGCCUCGUUUUCUCUGAGCAUCAGUUUGAGAGGACGUUUGGACCUCCUCCCCACCUCCUCUCCGCCACUUCAAUCAAACCUCCACGAUGAAUUACCUGCGUCGACGACUGUCGGACAGUAAUUUCAUGUCCAACCUGCCCAAUGGCUACAUGACGGAGCUGCAGCGCGCCGAGCCGCCGCAGCAGAGCCCUGCGGUGUCUCCCGGGCCGGCGGAGCGGCGCCAGCCCCCGGGCCAGCAUCAGCAGCAGCAUCAGCAGCAGCAGCAGCAGCAGCAGCAGCAGCAGUCUGCAGGUGGGGGCUCCAGUUUCUUCUCCUCCCUGUCCAACGCUGUGAAGCAGACCACAGCUGCCGCGGCUGCAACCCUAUCCGAGGCAGCGGACCGGGCAGGUGUGUCCAGCCACGCCAAGAUCCUCCUGGUCAUCGACGACCAGCAGACCGACUGGGUGAAGGUCUUUCGAGGGAAGAAGGUUCACGGUGACUUUGACAUCAAGGUAGAACAGGCAGAAUUCUCUGAAAUCAACCUGGUGGCCAACUCCUUGGGCACCUACAACGUGAACAUUGAUGCCAUCAGGAAUGGACAUAAGGUUACUAAAUCCUUCAGGCCAGACUUUGUGCUGAUCAGACAGCAUGCGUUCAGCAUGGACAAGAACGGAGACCAUCGGAACAUGGUGAUUGGUCUGCAGUACGCUGGAGUGCCAAGUGUCAACUCUCUGCACUCUGUCUAUAAUUUCUGUGACAAACCAUGGGUCUUUGCUCAGAUGUCAAGACUCAACAAGCAGCUGGGCCCAGAGGAGUUCCCUCUGAUUGAGCAGGUGUACUAUCCAAAUCACAAAGAAAUGAUCACUUCCCCUCAUUUCCCUGUUGUCGUAAAAAUGGGCCAUGCUCACUCAGGAAUGGGAAAGGUGAAAGUGGACAAUCAAUAUGACUUUCAAGAUAUCGCUAGUGUUGUGGCACUGACUAAGACCUAUGCUACAUCUGAGCCAUUUAUUGAUGCAAAGUACGACGUCCGCAUCCAGAAGAUUGGUAACAAUUACAAGGCUUACAUGAGGACUUCCAUUUCUGGCAACUGGAAGACUAACACCGGCUCAUCUAUGCUUGAACAGGUGGCCAUGUCAGACAAGUACAAAAUGUGGGUGGAUUCAUGUGCAGAAAUCUUUGGAGGAUUAGACAUCUGUGCUGUGGAAGCACUGCACGGUAAAGACGGCAAGGACUACAUUAUAGAGGUUGACGACUGCUCAAUGCCAUUUAUUGGGGAUCAGCAGGAUGAGGAUCGCGUUCAGAUAGCAGAACUAGUUGUUUCUCAGAUGAACCAGACUGUUCCACGCACUCCAAGUUCUUCCGCAGUCCGUGCCUCUGCAGGACAGCCAGCACAGAGAGCGGUUUCUCCUCAGCCGGUCUCACAGCCCAAAGUCCCACAGGCUCAACAGCGUCCCUCUCCUCAGGCAAAUCCCAGUCUCUUACCAAUACCUUCAACAUUCCAGAAACCCCAGCGCCACGAGCCAGCCUUAGCCAGGACGAGGUCAAGGCUGAAACCAUACGCAAUCUACGCAAAUCUUUUGCCAGUCUCUUCUCAGAGUGAGAUGGCAGAAGAUCCUCCCAUCACCCCUUAUCCUCCUCCUCCUACAGAGAGAAAAAUGGAGAAGCAAACUGAAGGGCAGAUCCCUUCUCCCCACCAAGCAAGGACCAACAGGAGCUCCAAAUUAUGAGACUGAUAAGAAAGUGUACACACUUGACUCCCACUGCCCAAACAGCUUAAAUCUAUUGGUUGUAACUAAAUGUAGAUGACAGCCAGGUACAGAUGUUUGAAAUAUUUCUUGCUUCAAGCUUAAGGGAAUCAUUUCCUCAAACUGCUCAAAAACCUUAAUGUGCAUGCAACACCCUUACACUCAAAUAACAAAAUAAUACUUAAAAAAACCCUGCUCCCUCUUGUUUGUUAGUGCUGUAAAUGUAUUGUGGUAUUUAUGGUUAAAAAUUUAAGGACUGUACAAAAGUUAAUUGGAUGUGGCGGAUUACCUGUUUCGUUCUAAUGGACACAGAAUCAAACCAACAUCUCAUGCGAACCUUGAAUCAUAAAGUAGCAACAUGUUUUUCUAUUAAAUUUGAAUCUUGUUUCCUCAAAUUAAAAUGUGAAGCAGAAGUGCAGACGUUUUGAACAGAGUUUCCAAGAAAACGUAUGAACGUUUAUUCUCUGAGCUGUCGUAGAUCGCUGUUUGAACGACCUCAGCUUGGAGAAAUAGUUUCAUUUGUGACCAGGUGGACAGUUUAAUUGUCGUUCUGAGCAAGUCAAAGUGGAUCGCUUUAAAUGACUCCAAUCUCAAACAUGCAAACAACAUUUUUACAAGCCUUUAUAUAGUUAUCAAUGUCACAUUGCACAGUUAUUUACAUAAAAAUGUGUGGUUAUUUGUAAAUGGAAAUAGCAUUAGCACUUUCUUUACAGCCGGAGACAACUCCAGUAAGAAUUUUAGAAAUCGGACUUGUUUUGAGAUGGCUGUCCUCUUGGCUCUAUCCAAGCUAGAUUUGAGCUUGUUAAUCUGGUCAGAGCUAAUCUCUAUUUCUCCAGACUGAUCUAUCUACGACAGGUAAGAUAUUAAGUGUUCAUAAUCGUUCUGCACAUGUAGAAUUAGACCAAGCAAAAAUCCAAUAAAACAAAAACAAGGAAUUGCUCUAUGAACGAAGACGUUUUGGAGAAGUGAAAUUACCAACACCUUCAUCUCACCCAGUGGUUUUUGUACAGUUCACUUAGCCUCCCACAGUGUUAGCAAACGCUAGUCACAGUGAUGUCUCCUGCAUGUCAAAAGGAGGGAGCAAUUGUUGUUUGCAACAUUUCACUUUGGCGCUGGGAUCUGUGUCGUACGCGUCGCUGAAUUAGUUCGUAAAGUAGCUUCGUAGCUGUGAGUAAGUUGUCGCGUUCACUUCGCUUCUCUUUCUUUUGCCACACAACAAAAAACAGCACGCCUUGGACAGACAAGGUCAAAUCAAAUGGAGCCGUCUCGGGGAUGUCCACUUGACUGUGACACUUGUGUGGCUCAAGGUCUUCCAUUUUAGUCGUGCUGUAAAUUGUUCACAAAUGAAGAUGGACAAGCAUGCGUCUUUGUGCGGUCAAAUCUUGCUAUUAUUUCAGAUACUUUUGCACACAUAAGCAACAAAAUCCUAAUUGAAUGCAACGUCAUGAGCUGACGUAUGAAACGCACAUUUUUAGGUUUCUGUUUUUUUUUCA